AUGGCCCUCUCCCUCACCCUCAACCACACAGCGCAAGACGUCAUCAGCGCGCUCAACCUCACCCCACACCCCGAAAAGGGCUUCUACGUCGAAACCUACCGCGACCCGCACAACUUCACCGACAACACCACCAACCGCUCCCGCUCCCCCUCCACAAACAUCUACUACCUCCUCGAGGGCGAGCAGGGGUUAAGCCACUGGCACCGCGUCCUCGACGCCGUCGAGGUCUGGCACUACUACGCGGGUGCGCCGCUGCAACUUUCUCUAUCAUGGGACGACGGCACCCCCGUCCGCGACCAGGUUCUUGGGCCUGAUAUCUGGGCUGGUCAGAGGCCGCAGAUUGUCGUUGAGAGAGGUGAGUGGCAGCAUGCGCUGAGUCUGGGGGAGUGGACGCUGGUCGGAUGCUCGGUUUCGCCUGCGUUUGAGUUUGAGGGGUUUGAGAUGGCGGAGCCCGGGUGGGAGCCGAAAGGGGCUGAAAUUGAGAAGAAAGAGUGA